CGCCGGGAUCUGUAUACUCGGCGGCCGCCGAAAAAAAGAUCAGAUCCAAAUCUCGACCUCCCUUUUUCUUUCCAGCUGGAAGAAUUUUCAACCUUCUUUCUUUAUCUUCUCCUUCUCUCUCCCCUCGCACGAUCUUCAAUCCGAUUCUUUCUUUCCAUCCUCUUUUCUUUUCAGUUCUGCAUUUGUCCGUUUUGUUAUUCUUCUGCUAUACAACUGACUUCGCUACUUUGAGCUCCAUUACACCAUCUAUCCAAGAAGCACUCGCGGCCAGUCUGACGGACGCCCUCAGGGGGGCCACCAGCCAUUCGACACGCCCAACGAACCCUCUUUGUUCAACGGUGUACAAAUCCUCCGAAAAAGAACCGCUAUAAUGGCCGAAGUCGACACCAGUGCCAUCGCAGACGAGUCCUUCGCGCACUCCGAAGUCCCCGAAGACCAACCCACACCACACCCCAACAUCAACGGCAUAACCACUACCUCUAAUAAUAACACUAAUAAUGAUAAUCCCGCCGCAACCCCCUCCACAGCCAAUGUCACGGUCGGCACAAGACGCCAGGCCAACGGCACCAUCGGCUCCGUCUACUCGGGCAACAAGAUCAAGCAUCUCAAGAAGGAAGAUGGCAUUCCGCUGUGGCGCAAGGAUAUCCAGUACCAGUUCUUGAAGCUGGUGUUUGAGGAUCGGACGAAGGUGUUUACGCGGCAGUCGGAUGGGCAGAAGGGGAUGGAUUUUGCGGAUAUUUAUAUGGAUGCUAUGGCGAGGAGCAGCAAGACGAGCAAGAUUCUGAAGGAUAAGUUGCAGAAUGAUAAGCCGGCUGCUAUUAGUAUGGCUAUGGUUUGUUUGUUGGUGAAUUUUGGGAGGAUGAAUACUACGCUGAAUUUCUUCCCUGAAAUGCGUGCCCAGCUGAGAACCUACCACUCCAUCCCUUCGUUACAGGCGCAUCAAGACCCCCAUGCCUACAAGCAGCUCCAAGAUGCUCCGCGUCUUAAAUCGAUCCUCAAAGGCGCGUCGGAGGACUUCGACCAACCGAAUACUCUCGAAAAGAUCAAGCGCCAUGCCGUCCCGCGCACCAACCCCGUCAACCUCAUCUUCGUCCUAGCCCAAUACGCCCCCAAAGUCUCCGAAUUGCACUUCUUCCCACCGCGCGACUUCUUUGACCUCGUUAUGCGAUCGACGCUGAGCAGCGCCAGUCGUGCGAGGGCCUUUCUGUGGUUGAUGUGGUGGUAUCUCGAGAGCGACUUUAGCGCCGAGGCGGCAUCGAAUAACCCGUUUGGGGCUGGACAAAAUGGUGAGGGGGCUGACGGAUUGCCGAUUAAGGUGCCGAAUUUCGAGAGCCUUACAGAGGAGCAGGCGAACGAGGAGAAUAUUGAUACGGCGGAGGAGUUGGAGUUUGGGGAGGUUAAACGGUUGGAGCGGAAGCGUAUUCUGGAAGAAGACGAGCCAUUGCCUCGUGUCAACAAGCGCUCAAAGAAGGAUGUCUACGAUGACGACCAGGCUUCUGGAGUGGGUCGUUCCGGCGUUUCGACUCCAUUGCACCCAUCCGCUAGACACGACGAAGAGGACGACCUUACACCUGGGCAAUUCGCGCAAUCGCGGUCGAAACGACCCAAACGAGAGGUCUCGCCCAACCGUUCAGUUGGCCAACAGCGUCUGAUUCUCAAAACGAAGGGGGAGCAGACCCCCGAUGCUUCAUCCCCAGCUCCAUCUGGUUCCAACCCAGUGGUUAGCCGGUUCGUAAAUGAACCAGCCGGACCCCAACCAUCAUCGUCCCGCCGCCCCCGACCCUUAACACAACACCAAAUCGCUGUCGAGCAAAACCGUCGCGAGCGCAUCGGAUAUCUGCUCUCUAAGCGCAAGGACGAAGCCCACAAAAAGCUUCGCGUCCAACGUGAAAGCGAAAUCCCUCUAGCCCGCUCCGCACGUCUCAUCACCGGCCUCCCAGACGGUUACGACAGCGACGACUCCCGCGCCUGGGGCCCAGGCGGUAUUAUUUUCAACCCCUGGCGUCGGGAAGACUACGGCGAAUGUCCCAACUUUUACCUCUCCGCGAUCCGGAAAGCCACCCGACGCCUUGACAGAUGGGACUACGACAACGCUAACGGCCCCAAGCGGGACCGAAAGAAGGAGCGAGAAGAGCGCCAACGCGCGAAACAGAAAGCCAUCGAAUUCGACAACGCCCUCUCACAUAGUAAAUACCUCACAGCGCAAAAACGCGCCCGUGCAACCCGCGAAGCAAGAAAGAAGGCAGCUUCAGAAGCAGCGGACAAGAUUAUGGCGUCCCAUGGCGCGGCCGGAGCUGGUGUUACGGCCGAAGGCCAGGUUGAUUCCACGCCGACUACAACGCCCGCGGCUUCCCAUUCCAAGGGCACCAAAGCCCGCACUACAGCCGCGAAACCCACUUCUGCACCAUUAGCGGAAGAUGCCAUGGACGAAACGCUGGACGAUAUCGACCGCGAACUCCUUGGCGAGGACCAGACGGCGGAGGCUGGGAUGGAUGAGAGUUUUGUAGGUGAUGUUGAUGGGGCGUUGUCGUCUGAUGUUGAUGCGGAUGAGGAGGAUCUUGACGAGGUUGAGGGCGAUGUUGAGGGUGAUGAUCAUUCGUUGGCUUCUGAUGGCGAAGGUGACGAUGCUCGUAAUGGAGAUUUAGGAAGUGAGGCUUCAUCUGCUGUUGGUGAGCCAGCACCAGCAGGGCCGGUUUGAGUAGCCUUUAUCUGGUUCACUGUUUACUCUCAUUUUAUUUCCGAUUUCUUUCCAAUAUUCUGCUUAAUUGAUGUAUUACUCUACCAUUUGUUGUAUUGCUGGUUUUGGGUGAUUUGGGUUGCAAUUGAGUGAAUGUAUAUCUAUGUCUAGAUGGUGAGGAUGCAACGGUUGCCAUAACUUGGUACUCUAUACCUCAUAACACGGUCAUCCGAGUUUCCUAUUCGGCAUUUCUACUACGACGUCACCUUUGGCUAGAUUCUACUAUA